CGUUGGGUCUGGCAGUGUUGUUGAGAUGGCCGAGACGUAAACAAACAGGUCGGGUGAAGGCUUCAUUUCUCCAACCAGUUUUAAGGGCGCCCUGUAGCUCUCUCUCCACAUUCUUAUACGAUGACUUUGUAUGAUGUUUUGGGUGUGAGCCAAGAUGCUAGUGAAACUGAAAUUCGUCGGCAGUAUCAGGAGUUAGCACGGCAGUAUCACCCAGAUAAGUCUGCAGUGGAAGGUGCCAAGGAGAAAUUUUUGAAAGUGACAGAGGCCUGGCACGUUCUUGGAGACACACAGAAACGUAGAGAAUAUGAUGAUCAACUGAAGCGUGAAAAGCUUUAUCAAGAGUUUCCUGUAAGUGAGGAGUUGUUUCUUGAAGAUCUGGAACGAGACAGAGAAGAAGGCGUUUAUCUCCACACAUGUCGGUGUGGUGGACACUAUACGCUGGCCGCCCAGGAUGCGAGAAAUUCAACUGAGAAGGAGGUUGUAGUUGCAUGUGACAACUGCUCCUUAAGUAUCCUGGUUUUACUCAACUGUGACGAAAACACUUGAUAGAAAGAUUUUUAACUUUGAUGCUUGUUGUGAAGCUUUUCUGACCAUGCUUCUUGUCUGAUAUGAACUUAAAAUCAAAGAUGCAUUAUUAGGGAAAUUUAAAUGAGUGAGUGAUUGUUAUUGGAGACCUAACAGUUGUUUUUAGAUUUUGUAUGUUUAUUUUCUGAGACAAAUGAGUUUGGCACAACUGGAAAUUUUUUUUUAUGGUUAAAAUCUGCUAUUAGUUAUAUUUUUUUUCUUCAGAAUAUCUUAGCAUUUACUUGUUGACUCUCAGUGUGAAGAUAUGUGACAGCUGCUUAAUAGCCACUACUGGAAUCACAGGAAAUUCAUUCAUAGUUUUUAUGUAACUUGGCAUCCAAUUUCCUCUACAUUUUUAUCAGUUUACUAUAAUCUGGGGAUCAUUGGAAUGUAAAAAGAUUUGUUCAUUGUUAUUAUCAUGUAAUUUUAACACAUCAUCCAAACAACAUUGUCAUGAAUUUUUUUACACAUGAAGAUUGCAUGAAGUGAAAAUAAUAUAGAAAUAGUUUGUAUAAGACACCUGCUCAGUGUUUGUGAUGUUCUCAUCUUACUGUGAUAUUUUGUUUUCUCCAAGACUUAAAUAGGCCACCUUCUUUUGUUUUGUCAUAUAGUAAAUCAUAUACAGUACUAAAUUGUAUUUGUUCAUUGUGAAAAAACUUUGAAAUAAAAAUGGAAACAUAGAAGAAUCUUAAAAUAAGGCAUCUAAACCAACUUGUAGAUAACUUUAGUCUGUGAAAGAUAAAAUUCAUCUUAGACUACUGAUAAAACAAUGGAACGAAGAUAUCACUCACAUUCCUUAAGGACAUCGGAUAUGAGGAAGAGCAUUAAAGUAAAGAGAUCAAGCUCAACCUUGAUGCUGAUGCCUUGGGAGAAAAGACACCAACGCACAAUGAAAGACUUCUUAAGGAGUUCUCACAAUAAACAACCCUCCACCCAAGAUCACCCUAUGAUAUAUUCUGCUCCUGCAGCUCAGAAUCUCUCUCUUGUCUGUGAAAAUAUAUCUGAUAACCCAAAGAAUUCUCAGUUUGUUCAUGAAGAUGAUAGGUACUGUUCACAUAUCAAUCCUCGGCAAAAUGAUGUAUGCAGUGUUAGUGAAGUGAUCAGUCCAAGGCAGAAUAAAGUGGAUAUAGUAACUGUCUCAGAAAAUUUUAACAGUAGCCAUCUCCUGGAGAAUAUACAUGCCAGUGAAAGGCUAGAGUUGUCAAAUGAAAUAUCACUAUCCAUGAUGCGGGAGAAAACACCAGCUAAAGUUUGGACCACUAAUCUGACACCACAUCAUGAGGGUCAACCUUGUAUAGAGAGGGUUAGCAACACAAAUCUCAGUCCCUUAUGCCCAUUAGCUUCACCCAACAAAAAAAGCUAUUCAGAAGAUCAUCACCAAGAUCUUGGAUUUAACUUACCUAACAGGAAAGGAAUGAAGAGUCCAUAUGGCCAACAAAACAAUUAUCUUUUUAACAAGACUCUGAAAUAUGCAGCUAAAUACAAUCUAGAUCAAAUGUUUACUUAUGCCUUUCCACAAGUGAAGAAACCUCUAAAGCAGAGACUUCAAUGUAUUUAAUAAUUUGAGGGUUACUCAUGUGAAUUUAUAGCUCUCACACAAAUGUAUCAAAAUGAAACAUUUUAUUAAUUUUCUGUACUGUCAGAUUGUUAUUUAUCCACACAGGGAUAUCUGUUCUAAAUACAGUGACAUCCAUCCCAUGCUCAGACUUGGGUCACCUAGUUGAUUAUUGCAAUUUAUGGGGUGAGUGAGCUGUUUAAUUUUUAUAUCUAUAAUAAAAUAGGAGCUUUGAGCUGUGUGUAGCAUAUUUCACUGGAGUAUGUUUGCACUGUUGUGAUCUGACAUGUUUUGCAAAAGAAUUAACAAAAUAUUCAAUUGCAGUUUGGUCAGUGCAGUAUCCUGGACAAAUGCAUGACUAUCCUGUAUAAAAAAGUAUAACUAAAUAUGUAGAUAAAAAAAUAAUCAAACUGCUAUAAAUCUAGGCCCCAUAUGUUAUUGUAUGUCAUACCUUAGUAUUUCUGUAACUUUGCUGUCUUAGCCUCAAGAAACUCGUGUUUACUCGUAACCUAUUUAAUCUUUUCUUGCAGCCUCUACCAGGCUGCCUUUAGCUAAUGACCCCACUCUAAUUUCAGUAUGUAGUGUAUUAUGGUUGUUGCACUACAUAGCCAUGCAUAUAUACCAAUAAUGAUUGCUUUAUAGCAUUGCAUAAUAAAUCACCCCAGUGCAUUGUGUAAUAUAGUGACCUGAAGUCUAGUAUGUUCUGUGCUCCCAUUUUAUCAUGUAACAUAAUAAAUGUUUCAUUGCUUAUUUUUGUGCUAUAUUAGAUGUAUUGCAAUUGAUAUAGGUUUUAAUUCUGUAUUUGAGAACAUGAUUAAUGUUAAUCUCU